AUUGCAUGAAGUUCUCUUUGCAUUGUGGUAAGAAAAGACUAUUUUAUAAAAGUCUCAACUUGUUUUGUUUUUGCAGUUUUAUCUAAAGCAAAAGAACUCAGGAACACCUAAAAGGGCUCACGAACACAUUGAAAAUAUUCCUCCCCAAAGGAUACUGAUCUGAUUUCCUCCCCCUUCCAGAUUCUUCCAAAAACCUCUGGGGCAUGUAUGGGCAUGCCGCAGGUCCGAAACGUCCUCACCCAGCCGGGCACGACCAUCAUCCUUGCGCCACUCCCGGGCUCGCAGCAUGUUCCCCAGCCCAAUGCCUCGGUGCUGUUGCCUUCCACCUCCGCGAUCAUGCUCAGCGGGCCAGUAGGGCAGCAGCCGGCCUCCUUAAUCGUGCCCCUGAAAUCGCCCAGCAAGGUGGGACUGGCCCCGGCGGCGGCCAGGCACCACCCACCCCUGCUGGCCCCCAAGUCGGUCUUGCCCAAAGCUGAACCACUGAGACCGAUCCUCCAGGCGAAAACAACAAAAAAAACGAUACCAGGAGAGGAGACACGGGCUUCUCAGGGAAAGGAAGGGAGUGUGGGCGAGGUGCCAAGAGGACCCAACGUCAAGUCUAUCCUGCCCAAGGUCACUCCAGGAGAUGCCCACACGCUCAUCCUAGUGUCUGCACGGACGCCAGAGCUCCUGCCGUCAACAUUCUCUGCAGUUGUGCCUUCAAAACUCACGCUGGGCAUGAAUUUAUCCUCCCAGACUCAGACCAGCUCUCAGGAAGGAGGCCAGAGGGGGGGCAAGAGGAGGAAGGAAAGGAAAAAGAAACCAGUCCUGCCAACCAAGCAGCAAGAAAAGGCCACAGCUAGCAUCGGCAAAGUUGCAGCCACCUUGGGAGAUAAACACGCUGCCAGGAGAGAAAGUCUGAGCAAAGUGGUUGAGAAGAAAGCAAGUACCAAGACUUUCCCUUCAAGCAGUAUUGCAGCAUCAAAGAGUUUUUUGAUGCUGGACGAUCUGAAGUCAAAGGGAUGCAGCACAGCUCGUCCCGCAACUGCAUCGGAAUAUAUGGUUUCCAGCCAACCAGACUUGCGCUUCCCUAAGCAGAAUCUCGUGGACAUCCCCCCGCCUCCUUACCCCAAGUCGUCCAGAAACCGAAGCAUAGACUUAGUCCUCCAGGAAGUAGAGUCGCGAGUACAAGAUUGGUGCUCAGAGCUAGACUCUCAGAAUCCACCCCAGGGGAUAGCCAAGGGGCAUGAGGAGGGGUUCCAGGCCUCUUACACAUCACAGUUCAAUGCCAUGGAUUCCUCUGCUUCGAUGAAGGGCUCAUGUGCAUCACCAUUAUACUCCACUAACGCUAAUGACGAACUUAAAAAUUGCCCUACGCCGGUGUCUUCUCAGCUGUUCUCUAGUUCUUCCCCGAAAGCCAAUCUUUGCUUUUCCCCUCCCACAUCCCCUGUUUAUGUUGCACCAGUCACUUCACAGCCAAAAGUCACAUUCAGCAUGAUGCAGCAUGAGUCAUUGGCCAAUCAGAUGUCUCCAGCAUACUCCUCACCAGUCAGGCCUCAUCCGGCAUCAUCAUCUUCAAGUCAAGUGGAGGAUAGUAGAAUCUCCGGCUCAUGUCAGCCUCAGCUUCCUUCUUACUCUGCAUCUUCUUGCGUUCCACAACUGAAUACUUCGCAUUCCUUGUCUACAAGCAUCUCGCAGAUGAACACGUCUCUGAAUCAUUCCUCCUCUCACUACUCUGACAUUUCAUCGCCAUUUCCAGAAAAUUCGUCUUCUAUGGCCAUUCAGAAAGGGGUGCCAUCAUCAACAGCCUGUUUCUCUUUCCACUCAGCGUAUGGAGAUUUGUCACAGGCCAACCAGACAGGGCAAGAGUCCUCUCUACCUUCCAUUACAUCUUCAGCAGUGGGACCAAUCUGUAACCAGACACCAAAUCAGAGUGUUUAUUCAUAUUCAUCAAAGUCUUCAACUGUUUUCCGGGAAUCACCACAGCCCUUUUCACAGGCUUUAACAUCUCCUUUCUAUGCUGAUUCUCAGCAGGCUUUACAGUCAGAACAUUACAUCCAGUCGCCACAUCAAGCUUCAUAUCUUCAGUCACCACAACCAGAAACAUUUAGUCAUGCUACACAUGCUGUAACUUAUACUCAGUCUCCUUAUACCCCACCCCCACACACAGCAUUGUACAGUGAAACUCCACAGUCAAACAUUUACAGUGAGCCUCCCCAUUCAGUGGCAUAUGAUCAGUCAAAGUUCUUUUUAAGGUCAGAAAAUGAUGAUACUUUUGCACAGUCCCCCCAGCCAUUUACAAAUAGCAUAGCAUCCCACCAGUCUCCCAUUACUAAUGGCCACCAAUCGCCACAACCAGCUUCGUUCGCUGCUGGACGCAUUAACUCUUAUUCUGAAUCUCCACAGCCAACAGCAUAUUGCAACUCACCUCAAAGCACACCAAUUCCAGUGCAAAAUUCUGCAGCCAACAGCCUAGGAAGCUCCAUUCCAUCUGCUCCUCUUCUGCCCUCAUAUUCCUUCUCAGAGCAUACACCCUCAAAUUAUUUAAGUUCUUCCAGUCCUAUUAGCUCUAGCAUGUACAGCUCUCACCAUACAAGCCUGACCCCAAACCCCCAGGUGUGUGAAGAUACCAAGGGAAUUCCAACAUCUGCAGCAUAUACUAAUGAAAGGGUCGAUUGCACUGGUGUAGAGAGAUCCCACAAUCCUCCUUCGUACGAGGCACACUUCCAGAACAACACAGCCUAUACCCGUCCAAAUCAACCCGAUGCCGAACUGUCACAACAAAUGGCAAUGUCAGCAUUAGACUCAGAUCUUUCCAGUUAUCCUAUGGGUUGUCACAGCCCAAGAUUCCUUGAGCAAGACCUGGCAGACAUGCAGGUAGAUCCAAGGUCAUGUGUAAGGUCUCCUCCAGCUUAUCCUUCCUUGCCAUCCUUGCCCCCACCUCCUCCUCCUCCAAGCUAUACAUCCAACCCACACAUAAUCCCUCCAGUGCACAGUUCCCCUUACCCUUCCACGUCUGUACAAGGUUCCUCCUACCCUGUCACAUCCACACAAAACUCCCAGUACCCCAUUGCAUCAGGAUUAAGCAAUGCCAUUAAUGAGUAUAAUGCUCUAGAUUCAGCCAACACCUUCUUUCCUAAUACCCCUCCUGUUGUACCACCAUCCGCUGCCACCCACCCACCCAUGGACAGCCAGCCAUGCCUCACACAGACCAGUCACUCGGAUUCCGAUAGCUUCUCGAGUUGCUCCAAUGCCUUGUCUUCUUCCUCGUUCCCAAGUGCCUUAUACCUUCCGCCAGGAGAUUCGUUAGAAGACUUUGAGGAUCAGGAGUCUCUCUUAAAACCCCAGAGUCGGAACAUCAGGCUAACUGACAACCAGCAAGCCAUGCACAAGCAAUACAGUCAUGAGUCUUCCAGUCUGGAGGGAAAGGGCAGCAAGAAGAGCGGAGCUCCAGGUGCCGAGUCCUCCCAGGUUCACAACAUCAUUGAGCGUGCGGAGAGGCUUUGGUUCAUCCCCCACCAGGAACAGAAUAGAGCCUACAUCAAGAGGAAAGAGCUGGCCAAAGACUUCUUGAAUUCCUCAGAGCUGCAGUCAAGACGUGAUGCACUUCUGAAGGAGAAGUUCUGGAUUGAAGAGGAUGAACCCAUCGCCCAGGAGAUAGUCCUGUCCGCCACCUCCUCGGCCGCUUCCUCCAGCACAAACCCCAGCCAGGAGUCGAACCCCAAGGACCCCAAGGACUCCAGGGACCUCAAGAAUGGGAAGGACGUCAGGGAUGAGGCCAUGGCGUCCACCAGCACAAACGCCUUGAUGCUCAGAGCAGGACAUCAGCAUGCUCAGGACAGCAAGGGCAAGAAGAAGCGCAACAGGGAGAUGCUGUGUCAGGACGAAAUUACCCCAAAGCUCGGGUCCCUUUAUAGCAUGGGGUGGUGUGGCGACCCAUACUUCUUUGCUCAUCACUAUGGGAUGCAGCACGACUCUCGCGCCGUCAUGACCUCUGUUCCGUGCAGGGGAGAUGGCAUGGCCUCUUCAGCAUCAGUGGAAGGCCUUCUGGACGCGGCCUGCUGA